AGGGCGGGAGGCCAGACCCAGACCGAGUGCCAUGCGGGGCGCCGAGGGCCCGCGCAGGCCGCGGAGUCCAGAAGCAGCUUUGCUUGCAGGAGGAGCAGAGCUGGGGUGCAGGGCAGGAAAUGGGGACACUGAUGGAGGAGCGUCUUCCUGAGACAGCGUCUGCCGUUAUAUGCGCCCGCUGGGGCCGCUCCCGCGUUGAGCCUGAGGCGCGCCCGCGAGUGCCCGCUGCCAUGUCGCAGAUGCUGCACAUCGAGAUCCCCAACUUCGGGAACACCGUGCUGGGCUGCCUCAACGAGCAGCGCCUGCUGGGCCUCUACUGCGAUGUGUCCAUCGUGGUCAAGGGCCAGGCCUUCAAGGCGCACCGGGCCGUGCUGGCCGCCAGCAGCCUCUACUUCCGCGACCUCUUCAGCAGCAACAGCAAGAGCGCCUUCGAGCUGCCGGGCUCGGUGCCGCCCGCCUGCUUCCAGCAGAUCCUGUCCUUCUGCUACACGGGCCGGCUGAGCAUGGCGGCCAGCGAGCAGCUCGUGGUCAUGUACACGGCCGGCUUCCUGCAGAUCCAGCACAUUGUGGAGCGGGGCGCCGACCCCAUGUUCAAGGUGAGCCCGCCCCACUGCGACUCGCAGACCGCCGUGACGGAGGACGCCGGCUCCGCCCCGCAGAGCCCGUGCACCCAGCUGCAGCCGGCCGCCGCCCCCGCGCCCCCCUACGCCAUGUCCCCCUCCGUGCCCAUCCCGCUGCUGACCCGCGUGAAGCACGAAGCGGCCGGCGCGGCGGUGGCCGCCAGUACAGCCCCUCUCAAGCUGCCCCGCGUCUCCUACUAUGGGGUGCCCAGCCUGGCCACCCUCAUCCCCAGCAUCCAGCAGGUGCCCUACUCCCAGGGGGAGCGGACAAGCCCGGGGGCCAGCAGCCUGCCCACCACCGACAGCCCCACCUCCUACCACAACGAGGAGGACGAGGAGGACGACGAGGCCUACGACACCAUGGCGGAGGAGCAGUACGGCCAGAUGUACAUCAAGGCCACCGGCAGCUACGCAGUGCAAGAGAAGCCCGAGCCGGUGCCGCUGGAGAGCCGCUCCUGCGUCCUCAUCCGUCGCGACCUCGUGGCCCUGCCCGCCAGCCUCAUCAGCCAGAUCGGGUACCGCUGCCACCCCAAGCUCUACUCGGAGGGCGACCCCGGUGAGAAGCUGGAGCUGGUGGCAGGCUCCGGCGUCUACAUCACGCGCGGCCAGCUGAUGAACUGCCACCUCUGUGCCGGGGUGAAGCACAAGGUGCUGCUGAGGAGGCUGCUCGCCACCUUCUUUGACAGGUGCACCAACGCCCGCCGUGUCCGGAAGCGCUGGCUGCCCAAGAUCAAGUCCAUGCUGCCCGAGGGCGUGGAGAUGUACCGCACGGUCAUGGGCGCCUCGGCCGCCGGCAUGGCCCUCGACCCCGAGCUCCCGCCCGCCGCGGCGCAGGUGCUGGAGCAGCGUCUGUACGCCGAGCGCCGGGGCGACCCCGCCAAUCGUGAGCAGCGCCAGCUCCAGCCGGCCCCAGACGCCGGCCGCCAGGAGGCAGGAGGGCGCCUACGCGGGGACCUUGUAGACGGCCGCCGGGGGCCGCCGGGGACCGCCGGGGACCGCCGGGGACCGCUCCAGGGCCCCUCGGUCACCGGGGCCCGGCCAGCCUCCCGCCGGGCCGCCCGCAGUCCAGCGGGGCCCGGGGCCCACCGCUCACUAGGGACCGGGACCAAGUCCCUCCAGCAUCCGGAGGAGGCCACUCCCCUAGCGCCCCCGGAUGGCCACAGGGCAGUGGCGGUGUUGGCAGAAGGACAGGUAAUAGGACUGGAAGAUGUGGAGAUUGAAUGA